CAUGAAUUCAAACUAGAAGUGAGAAAAAAAACACACAAAGAAAAGCUCACAAAUUGAAAACUGCGUAACGGGCGGCUAGACAGAUAGGAGCAAACAAGGCUCCGUCCUCGUGCUCCGUCCUCGUUUCUCAACCGUUUGGAGCAACACCAUCGAGCACGAUGGCGGCUACAAGCACGACGGGCGUAAUGUCGCAGCACGCGGUGCGGGACAAUCCGGUGAUACCAGAGUGCGUCACCGUCGCGUUCGAGAGGUAUCAAAUGGGGUGUCUGCACGAAGAACUCGCGGGUCCCGAGCCAAGGAAACUGCAGGCCCUGGACAUCAUUCUGGACAUCUGUAAGGUGGACACAAAAGCGCAAGAAGGUGGAUCGUUGCUUAUUGGCGCUGAGGUUAUUCGUGGAUGAGUCUCUGCUUCCGCCCAGCAUAGUAGCCAAAAGGAAAUACUCAACUACAAUAACUCCACCACAUCUACUUCUACUUCAGGUGUCAUGCAGGGCCUUCUCGAUGUGCUAGUGCACAUACUCCGGGGCUCACCAUCGCCAAGUGUAAAAGAGAAAGUGGUCAAGUGCUUCUUGCUGCUUUCGAAGUUUCCCAACGCCAGACAAAAGCUGUACAACUGUUUUUGACUUUGUUCUUUCGACUUAAGUACUUCAGAUCUAUCUUUUUGAACGCCUUUGUAGACUCACUUCAUCGGUCGCACCGAUAUCGAAAUAAACUGAACGGCUUAAUACUCUUGCAACCACAAAAUAAACGUCUGUGCAGUGUCGAGGACAGCGGAAAAUUGGAGGAGCUGAGGCAUGCAGUGCAGGCGUCAGAAAACGAGCAGGACUUCUUCGGCUGCCUGCAGACGAUGCGCAACGUGUGCCUCUACCCGAAGGGUGCGGACGCGCUAGUAGCAACCGGCUACUGGGACUGGCUCAUCUCCAUGCUGCUCGACGAAGCCAAGUCAAAGCCAUCAGAUCUGCGAAAAAGCGUCUACGAAAGCCUCUACAAGCUCAAAAUCGAAUGUAUAUGUUCAGGGAUUGAGCUUGUUUCUGGGAUGAAAACCACAAAAAUUGUCGGCCGUUUCAGGUUCUUUUGAUGCUUAUGAUGUACUACGGAAUGUUUCGAAAAGACCAGACAUACCUCAGGUAAUCUCGACCACAAGAACACAAGCACGCCAAAAAGCUUGAUAAGGCUACUGCUCAAGUCGGACUUUACCAUGGCACAAGGACCGGAGUACUUACUCAUUACCGUAUGGUGCACGUGCACCUGCACUGGUGAUUUUUUCGCAGAGCAAGUUGUCGGCAUUUCAUUCACUCAUUACGGAUGCGAGAUUUAUGAGAAGAUGAAAUUUAAAAAAGGUACGCCACCAGUGCCCUUGAGUUCUGCAUUGCGGUGUGCCGACUAGACGAGAACAAGUCGGAGUUUAUCCAGAACGACGGCAUAGCGACGGCCUAUAAGGUUUUUCUUGGGAAUGGAACGCUUGCAGUGGCAGCGACCGGUAUGGAAGUGUUUUUUUGAUGCUUGUGCAAAGUAAACCUCAAAUCGUGCUGCAGGUGGAGGAAGCUUCAUUACCCAUCCUUGAUUCGUUAUACCUCAAAUUCCAUCAGACACCCCGCUGGUUUUGCUGACAUCGCGAGCGCUGCAGUUCCUCGGCUCCUUGACAGUGGCAGUUCCGGGGAAAAAGCUUGUGGCCGAGACGAUUGGUCCGGCCAAGAUUGCGGAGUUUUUUGAGCAGUGCCUGGACGUGCAAAGCGACAAAAUCGAGCGAACCUUAACGCAGUUCAUGCUGGAAGUGUGUGAGCAUCCCGACGUGCGAAAAGCGCUGCGCAGUCGGGAGAGUCUAGUGGCAAAACUGCGGGCCUCGGAAAUCCGGGCGGAUGAAUUUGGCAAGAAGAUCCUGAAGAAAUUGAUCGACAACAUUUUCUGGGAGCCAUAGGCCGCGCAGAGGCUCUUGCUCUGCUAGUGCUGCAAAGGCGAACGAAGAAUACAGGAGCAAAAUACGUGAUUAGAUAUGAAUGAAAUGUACAUCGUCGAUACCGAUCGCGAUUGGACGCUAACCGCGAUCUAGUAGCCAGUACUGCUUUCAGAUUUUAUUCGAAGAUUUGACGACACAUGUGUGUCCAAUCAAAUAAUACCGAAACCAAAUUUUUGACACAAAGACCUCAGCGUCUGAAACUUUUUCGUGAAACCAAACCUGAAACCAUAUCUAUGUCAAACUCCCAGCGAGCAAAGGUCUCACGCCGCUAGAGCGGCAGAGACGAGAAGUGAGGCCGUACUACACUAGUACCUUGUGAAUAAAGUCUGUGCACAAUUCCAUUGGACUGGGUCUUCUUGGACCGCUGAGUUGCUUUGUAUAUCUGAAACACCUACUCGGUACUCUGUACAAAACAGCUAGAACUACCCAAAAUGAAGCCGAUUACUACAAACGCG